AUGUCAUCUUUUAAUAUAAGCGCCACACUUUCACUUUUCCGCCUUGUCACCAAACCAUCGUUAUGUCUACCGCAAGCAACAGUCUCGACCUUCAAUGACCUUCCCAUACCUCUAAACAAAGCUUUUGAGAAAGAGUACAAGAGCGUAGAUAUUAGAGCUGUAGUCUUAGAUAAAGAUAAUUGCUUUGCGUGGCCAAAGGAGAAUGUCGUUGCAAAAGAGAAUGAGGAAAAAUUUGCUUUACUGAAAGAAGCAUAUCCUGCCAAUAGGAUUCUUGUUGCGUCAAAUACUGCGGGAUCAUCCUCUGACCCGACCCUGAGUCUCGCCGAAACUCUUACAAAGAACACCAACCUACCAGUCCUAACCCACCGUCUCAAAAAGCCCAGCUGCGGUCCCGAGAUAAUGUCCUACUUUAAAAACCACCCCGAGACGGGGGUCACGCAUCCUAGUCAUAUAGUAGUGAUAGGUGAUCGUCUUACCACCGAUGUGAUGCUAGCGAAUACGAUGGGAGCCUACUCGAUCUUCAUAUCUGAUGGAGUGAUGGGGAGGGAAAAGCUGACUUUGUUGGCGAGAAUGGAGCAAGGUUUUGCAAGAUUUCUGAUGAGAAGGGGAGUUCAGGCAUCUGAUCCUGGGAGUCCGUUUGAGAAGUGA